AUGGCCGCCGCCGCCGCAUCCCCGGAGACGGCGCUCCCACCGACGGCCGGUCCCGAAUACGAGGAAGACGACGAUGGAGAAGAGGAGUGCCGCAUCUGCCGACUCCCCGCAGAGGCGGACCGCCCCUUGCGCCGCCCCUGCGCGUGCCGCGGCAGCAUCAAAUUCGUCCACGACGACUGCCAGCUCCGGUGGCUCGCCGCGCGGCACCAGAACCAGUGCGAGGUGUGCAAUGGCGUCAUCUCCACCCGCCCUCUCUAUGCUGCAGACGCCCCUGCGAGGUUGUCCCUCUCCGAGCUCAUGGUCAGCUUGCCCAGCAAGCUCCUGGGCCUGCUGGUCCCCCUCUUAUUCGCUGUCUACGUCGUCUGCGAUUCCUUCAUCCACCUCGCCACCCUCUGGACAUGGCGCAUCGCGUUUGCCAGGACCUUCCUUGAAGCGUUCCGCCUGCUCUCCUUCCGCGUCCGUCCCUCCUCUGUCUUUGCAUCGAUUGCGCUCUGGGUUGUGUUUCUGCACAGCCUCGUGCCAUUUGCUGUAGCUCCAUUUGCGCGUUGGGUUGCACGCCUGGAGACUCGGCGUCAGGGGUUUGGCGGACUUGAUGGCUUGCAAGCCCUCGCGCUAACUGCUGUUGAAGCUUCCUUGACUGUGGUAAUAGGUGACAUGGUCCUUGCUUGUAUUCUCGGUUUUCUCCCAUUCUCACUGGGAAGGAUAAUCCUAUGGUGGAGCUCGUAUUUUAAUUUAAGCAAUGUGGAGGGAGUUGAGUUCUACACUUCAACAAUUUCUACCCUUCUAAUCGGAUAUGGAUUUAUCUUUACUGUUGGUGCUUGUUUUGCUGGUCUACAUACUCUUCAUCAUUACUUGAAGGGCGAGCAACUUGGGAUCGCACUUUUCAUUAGAAGGCUGAGUGAGGUUCAAAUUGCUGACUGCUUCAUCUUUAUCUUCUACUGCCCUUCAUUGGCUUCUUGGACACAUCUUCUUGAAUCUGCGUCCCAGAUUGAGCAGAUUUCUUCACAAGUUGCUGACCGAUUGUCGCCAGAGGUGUUCCCACUAGAUAUCACCUACUUCGAUCGCCCUGGCAAGGGCACAUCAGUUUGGCAAGGGCCGCAAAAGUAUGCAGUGUCACUUUCUGCUAUUCUUCAUAUCAGGUUUCUCAUUAGCAAUACAAUGGUAUACCUGGAGUGGCUAGUGGAGAGGGUAAUUGGGUAUUGGUUUGUCACUUCUGGAAAGGCUCUUGGGAGUAAUGAUGCACCAAAAGACCAGAAUGGUAGCAGUGAUGAAGCUAAUGAUAAAAGGACAUUUGUUGUAGUUAGGACAAUGCUUCGUGUGGUCCUAGCAUGGUUGACUGCUGUGAUAUUCAAUACUGCUAUGAUUUUCUGUCCGAUCUCAGUUUGGCGUGCACUGUUGUUUGCCAUCCCUCAGCUGCCAGUAGCAGACGAAUUGAAGUCCAAUGAUCUAUUUGCUAUUGCGGUUGGCUUCUUCAUCAUAUCAACUAUUGUUGCCACCUUUAGAGAUAUAUUUGCCUGCAUGACUUUUAGGGGACCAUGGCUGGUAGAUUUGAAGAGGCAUCUGCUUGUAUUCCUAUGGAUGGUCGUUGCGCCCUACAUGAUGGGUUUGCUGGUUGAUUUAUCUCUGAUAUCACCCUUCAUUGGGCCCGAUGACGAUUUUCCAGUUCUGGACUUUUUCUGCACUUGGUCUCUGGGGUGGCAAGUGAAGAAUUUAUGGAUGAACAUGGCCCAUUUCACGGCUGCCGCACCUUUCCUGGCCUAUUUCAUCGAUGAAAGGUGGGACGGGAAACUUACCCAGGCAAGGGUUGAUUGGUCUUCAGGGGCGAUAUCACUGUCAUGGUUCUUUCAAGAUAUAUACAUCCCUGUUGCCACGAAGCUACUCGCUGCUCUGGGCCUCCUUACUUGCUUGCCAAGGGGCUCUUCCCAAGACUGGGCUGCUCUGCCGCCGUGA